AUGAGACUUCCUUCGAAGAAGCCCGCAUCGAAAAAACCGGCGUCGGGGAAACCGGGUUCUAAGAAACCCUUCUCGAGAAAACCGGGUUCUAAGAAACCAUUCUCGAGAAAACCGGCUUCGAAAAAGAUGGCUCCGAAGAAACCGGUCUCGGGAAAGCCGGUUCCGAAGAAACCGGUCCCGGGAAAACCGGUUCCGAAGAAACCGGUGGCGAGGAAAUCGGUCUCCAAAAAACCGGUUCCGAGGAAAUCGGUCUCUAAGAAAACGGUUGCGAAGAAAUCGGUCUCUAAGAAAACGGUUUCGGAGAAAUCGGUCUCGAAGAAAUCGGUUUCUAAGAAGUCGGUCUUUAGAAAACCGGUUCCCAAGAAAUCGGUCUCGAAAAAACCGGUAUCUAAAAAAUCGGUGUUGAAAAAAAAGGUUUCGCAGAAACCGGCUUCAAAGAAAACGGUUUCAGAGAAACCAGCUCUAGGGAAAACAGCUCCUGUAAGACCGGUUCCGGAACAGGCGGCUGCGAACGACGCGACUUCCGAAAAGCAGCUCCCGGAAGAUCCGGCUCCCAGGAAGUCGACCCCCAAGCAACCAGAUUCGACAGAUCCGGUUCCGGAAAAACCAAGCUCCGUAACACCUUUUCCGAAAGAACAGGCCCCGAGAAAAUUGACUCCGAAAAAGACGGCUCCGACGAAACCGAGUUCUAGAAAAGCCGCUUCGAAGGAGCCCGCUCCGCGGAAAAGCCUGUCGAAGAAGGUAAAAAAGGUGUCGAAAAAGAAAGGAUCUCCGGGGAAAGGCGCAAAAAGACAAAUUCUCGCAGGUGAGAGGAGAGCCGAGGGCAAGAAAGCAAUCGCCGAUAUGUCCCCCGUGAUCUUCGCUGCUUUCGAUCCCACGGCUGCGCCCAUACUCAUCACUGCCCCGAAAAUCAUCCUCUCGGCUACCGCCCGGUUCCUUUCCCCGAGUAUCAUCGAGCCCGCGGCCCCAUGCAGGCUCAAGCGAGUGCUCCAUCUGAUCCUAAGGUUGUCGCGCCGGGCGACACUCACGUCCCAGUCCCGAUCGGACCUCAAGCGCGAGUCUCGAAUGGACCCCAAGUUCAGGGACCGAGUGUACCUCAAGUUCGGGCACCGAGUAUACCCCAGGCUCGGGUCGCUCAUGAACCUGGAGCUCGGACUCAGACUGGACCUGAAGCUCGAGUCCAGGAUGAACCUCAGGCUCGGGCUCCGAGUGAACCUCAAGCUCCCGGUGUACCUCAGGCUCAAGGUCCCAGUGGUCCUCAAGCUAAAAGUCUCGUCAGUGGUCCUCAUGCUCCCGGCGAGCCUCGAGCUCGUCUCAGUGCUCCUCUCAAGUUUGCCAGUGGUCCUGAGGCCGAAGAUCCCAGAAGAGGUCUUAGUUGUCCUAAAGCUCUCGAUGAGCCUCGAGCUCGUCUCGAUGCUCCUAAGGCUGAAGGGCCCAGUGGUCCUCAAGCUCGCGCACCGAGUGAUAUUCAAGCUCGCGCACCGGAUGUCCCUCGAGCCAGAGUCCCCAGUGAACCUCAAGCCAAACCUCCCAGCGGACCUCAAACCAAACUUCCCAGUGAGCCCCAAGCAAAAGCUCCCACUGAACCAAGAGCCAGAGCUUCCUGUGGACCGCAAGCCAAACCUCCCAGUGGACCUCAAGCCAAACCUCCCAGUGAACCCCAAGCAAAAACUUCCACUGAACCCCAAGCCAGAGCUCCCAGUGUACCUCAGAGCAGAGCUCCCAGUGAACCGCAAGUUAGAGCUCCCAGUGAGCCGCAAGCCAGAGCUCCCAGUGAGCCGCAAGCCAGAGCUCCCAGUGAGCCGCAAGCAAGAGCUCCCAGCGGAUCUCAGGCUAGAGCUCCCAGUGAACCUCAAGCUCGAGCUCCAAGCGAGGCGCAAAGUCGAUUUCCCAGAAGAGCCUCAAGUUGAUUCGCUCGGUCAACUCCCCGCUCCUUCUUCGGACGACAACCCUGCGAUCCCUCAGAACUUCGUGCCUGCCAUUCCAGAUAUUUAUGGCUAUGCCGAUCUCCAGAACUACGGGUUAGCUCGUCAGGAUGCUCACGGUGCUGCUCGUCAGGAUACUUACGGUCCUGCUCCUCAGACCUACGGUCCGAUGCGAUCAUAUGGAGAUCCUCAGUCUAACGCCCCCAUCCGAACCUACGUCAACACCCCAGAAUAUGCUGCCUAUUGCCAGUUCCAGGCUGGAUCUUACGCACACUCUCCGUACCGGCCGUAUGGCCCUCCCCGAGCCCACCCUCUGGCUUUCGUUCCUGCCCACACAUACCCAGGCGGAGCCCAACUCCAGAAAUUCUCGUACCCUCGGGCUCGUGCGUAUCCCCCAACUGGAGCCGUUUUCCAGCAUCGAUUCUUCGCUUAUCCUCGCGCCUUCGAUCCAGUUCGAAACUUCAAUGCCGCUCCUGACUGCGCUCCCGCUCCCUUCGCUCCCGAAGAUUCUCAGUGCACGACGGACCGAGUCUUGGACGGUCACGACGCUUCGCAAGUCCGACCCGUCCCUCCGCUUGAGACCCAGCCUCCUGCCGCCGCCGCCGCCGCCGCCGCCGUCUCAUCUAGGUCUUCCGAAGCCGUCCGCAGUGAGGCUGUCCAUCCAGAAGAGCCGACGGCACCGACCCAACGAGACGCAGAUGAUUACGCACCGGCCGCUUAUGCAACAUACCCCGCCGUACCUUCUAACGACCCACAGAACGUGCCAGCGUACCGCGAGGUCGCUUCCCAAGAUCCCUAUGGAUAUCACGAUGGUGCCACAUACGAUCAGGGAGCGGCUCGAGCCUACCCUGGUCUAACCGCCGAGCAGACAGAAUUAGCUCAAGCUAUCCGUGCUCUCGCACUGGAAAAUCCACAAGUGGCUCAGGCGUUCCCAGCCUUCGCCGCCCAGGAUGCGGAUCUAGCCGAGGCGUUCCGUGCCUUGACUGUCGAUAAUCCGCAUGUCGCCCAAGGGUUCCCUACCCAGAAUCCGCAGGCGAUCCAAACGUACCCCGCUGUGUACGCGGAUAGUUCGCAAGCUCAAGGAUACCCCGCGAUGUUCUCAGAUGCCACCCAAGCAGCUCAAGCAUGGCCCGAUACUGUAAUCCAGGAUCUGAUCGCGGCUUUCGAGCAGUCCAACCAGGGAUCGAACCCUCUUCUACCAAGGCUGGGCGACGGGAACGCCACGACCGAUCCUGGGGUUCGACAGUAUCCUGGGUAG